AAUGUACGGAGUACGUAGUAGUUACAACGAUAUCGAUAAGAUAAAGAACCCUUCCCAAAACAGCCUAGCGCCACGCAUCGCAUCGCGUCGCGUCUUUCAACUUAUCUUUAUCCAUCGAUUAAUAUUUAGCCUCAAAGAACAUACAACAAAGAAACUCACCAUAUACCAUAUACCAUAUACCCCUCUCUCACCCUUCUCACCUAUACCCACCACCCACACCCACACCCACUUGGACUACACUCACCACACCACACCACACCCUCAGUCUCACUCACUCACCUCAACGAAAAGAAAAGAAAAGCAAAUCCACACCAAAAUGCCCAAACGACCCAUCACCACCCCCCGAAGAAGAGACCGAGAGAGAGAAUCAACCCCCCCUCUCCCCCCCUACGAACCCCCAACCAGCACCCUAACCACCCUAUCCCAGCAACCCACCACCGCACCCGCCCUCUCCGCCCUCCUCGCAACACACACCUCCUCCACCCUGAAAACACAUCUCCAGCACGCCCAGGAGAAACUCACCGAUGCGGCGGGAGAGAUUAACGAGCGGUUAACGGAUGCGAAGGAACGGAGUAAGAAGGCCAAGGAGAGGAAAAGGAACUUGCGACAGCGCUCUGCGAGUGAGAAUAACAAUGAUGGUGAUGGUGAGGGGGAUGGAAGUGAGGAUGAGGAUGAGGAGGGUGGGAUUGAAGAGUUCGAGGAGAGAGUGAAAGCGACGACGAAGGUCCUGGAGGAGACUAUUCGGGGGGUUAUUGAUAAGGAGGUGCGUGGGGAGGAAGUUGGGAGGGUUAUUGCGGGGUUGGAGGGGGGUGUUGUUGAACGGAUGAGGGCUAGGGGGGUGAGGAGGAGUCAGAGGGGGGUGCAGUUGAGGAGGAGGAGGGGGAGGGGUGAUGAGGAUGGUAGUGAGGAAGAGGAAGGGGAAGGGGAAGAAGAGGAAGGUGGGGAUGCAGAAGAGGAUGAAGAGGGUGCGGUGCCAUUCCUGGCGCAGUUCGAGGGAGAAUUACAGGGCAAGAUGGAGGAGUACAAUGGGAUGAGUUUGACGAGACGCUACACAACCAACAACUCCUACAUCGGCUUCUACAAGAUCAUCCACGAAGCGAAACACAUCGGCGACGAGAUCCCUCCUCCACCUCACCCAUCAACAUGGUUCUCUCAUCUCGAAGAUCCCCAUUCACAACCUCCAUCCCACCACCAUCCAUCUACCUCCACCACUACCACCACAUCUACAUCCACCAGACAAACCAAAACCACCACCACCACCCGCUCUCACCCCCGCCAUCCCUCCCCUUCUGCUUCCGAAGACGACGAAAUCGCCAUCCAAACCGAACGCAUAUCGCUAAAAUGUCCACUGACGCUCCUCCCCUUCCGCGACCCAGUCAGCAGCACGAAAUGCCCACAUAGUUUCGAGCGCGAGGCGAUAUACACCAUGAUCAGCGGGAGUAAUCAGAUGGUGCCUGAUCCGCGGGGAUCAUCUGGAUCUGGAGGUGGUUGUGGGAGAGCGAGGAAGCGCGUGCGCAGCGUCAAGUGUCCGGUGUGCGAGGUGCAGUUGACGGAGUUUGAUCUGCGGAGUGAUCCUGUGUUGGUGAGACGGGUGAAGAGGGCGGAGAUGGCGGAGUUGAGGGAGAGGGAGAGGGAGAUGUUGGGGGAGAAUCAGGAUCGUG